UUCCAGGGACCUGGGUGACUCCUUCUGUCUGUUCAACAGCCAGGACACAGAGGACUGGGGAGGGACCCUUCCUUGGCAUCAGGUGUCCACCUCUGCCUGGCUUUCCCACGCCCUGCUGGAGGGUGAGGUCAGGGUCAGAGGUAGUGAGGUGGCUGGGGAAGGAGGAAGAGGCUGAGGGCAGCCCAGCCUGGUGAUUCCACUUACCUGCCAGACCAUUCUUCCCAGCUCCAUCCAGCAUCCUAUUGAUCUGCUGCUGCUGUUGCUGCUGCUGCUUCCAGACCCCCGCCAGCUCCAGCAGAGGUGUGGGAGGGAUCUGCCCUGUGGGCACCCAGGAAUCCUGCAUGGACACUCCCCAUUCACUGAAGGAAAAUAGCUCAGGGUCACACACCUGUGGAUAUGGAUAUGGACAGAUGUAUGGAGACAGCUGUGGGAUUCAGAUGGUUUGCCAUCAAGAUCGUUAUCUUGUGGAUGUUCUGUCUGCAUUGAGUUGCUGGGAGAGGGCUGGAACCUCCUACUCUGGUUGUCUUGUCCUUUCCUUGCCUGACCAUUUCUGUGUUGGCCCUGAUGUGAUUGAAGUUCUGUGGAAGCUUCUCAUUUUAACUGCCUCCUUGGGAACCUGUGCCUUUCUCAUUUACCUCUGGAGAACCAUCCUCGCUGUAAAGCCUCGACAAUAUGAAGUUACUUUAGACCAAAUAAAGAGGAAUAUUGUUGAGCUGAAAAAGGAAAACAAAUAUCUUGACACAAACAUAGCCAGUUGGGAGGAGAAGAUCAGGGAAGCAAAGAAAGAAGCUCAAAGGAAGAGAGAACAUAAGGUUUCCCUUGCGGAAAUAAAUGAAUGCAAUGUAAGAAUCCUUUCUUUGCCCAAAUUGUGUUCUAACAAUGGAAAU